ACCACAAGAAUAAACCGAUAAGGUGCACAUACUUGACUAGACACAUCACCAAUAUCUUUGUGGCUAAAAAAUCAAACUCAACUUCAUGAUUCUCAAUUCUCAUUCCUUCUCCUUCCCUUUAACACCUCUCCUUAAUAAAUCAUAUCCCCUUCUUCCUUCUCUCAAACCAACAAAGCCUUUACACAUACACUGCACACAACAACAACAACCGCUAUCCACCAUGGACGAUGAAAUAGCCAUUGAUAUACCUCCAUUCAUUAAAGUAUACAAAAACGGUCGUAUUCAGAGGCUUAUAGGUGAAGACGUUGUUCCUGCAUCCCUUGAUCCAACCACCAACGUUGAAUCUAAAGACGUUAUAAUCUCCAAAGAAGACAACGUAUCAGCUAGGCUUUUCAUUCCCAAAACCAAUUACCCACCAACGCAGAAACUCCCUCUCUUUGUUUACUUCCAUGGUGGUGCUUUCUGCCUCGAAACCCCUGCCUCUCCUAAUUACCACAACUACCUUAACUCUGUUACUUCACAGGCUAACGUAAUUGGUGUCUCUGUUCAUUACAGAAGAGCACCGGAGCACCCUGUUCCCAUCGCUCAUGAAGAUUCAUGGCUUGCACUCAAAUGGGUGGCUUCACAUGUUGGUGGAAAGGGUUCUGAUGAAUGGUUGAAUCAGUAUGCAGAUUUUGAUAAAGUGUUCUUAGGAGGUGACAGUGCUGGUGCUAAUAUUGCACACUAUUUGGGUAUUCGGGUCGGGAAGGAAAAUCUGGAUGGUGUGAAACUUGAAGGGGGUGUUUAUCUUCAUCCUUAUUUUUGGGGUGUGGAUCCAAUUGGGUCUGAAUCGGGUCGAGGUGAAUUUGUUGAAAAGAUUCAUGAUUUAUGGCGAUUUUCGUGUCCAACCACGACUGGAUCCGAUGACCCGUUGAUUAAUCCGGGUAAUGAUCCGAAUUUGGGGAGUUUGGGUUUUAAGAGAUUGCUGCUUUGUGUUGCUGAGAAAGAUUUGUUGAAGGAUAGAGGUUGGUAUUACAAAGAGUUGCUUGAGAAAAUUGGUUGGGGUGGUGUUGUUGAAUUUGUUGAGACAAAGGAUGAGGAUCAUGUUUUUCAUAUGAUGAAUCCAACCUGUGACAAUGCUACGGAUUUGCUUAAUCAAGUUGUUUCAUUCAUCAAAAGGACUUGAAAAUAUGGAAAUGGAAUGGGAGUAUAUAUUGUUUUCUUUAUUUUGUUUUCUGUGUUUUAUUAUGCUUUUUACUAUUUGUGUAUCUGUAAAGAAAAAAUCCAUAAGAUUAAUGAAAUAGAAUAAAUUAUUGAAUAA